AGAAAAAAAAAAAAAGAGAACCCAGCCAUGCCUUGGAAAAUUGGUAAGGAAGCUUGGUAUUUUCCCCUUCCUUUCUUGCUCUAGAACACACCUAGAACCCAGAAAUCUUCCCCCCUGUUGGAAAAUCCGAAUCUGCCCUGCUUUGCUCUGUCCUUCCGCCGGCUGCUCCUGCUUUGUGGGGGUGAUUUGCUCCGGUUUUGGAUCCGUGAGUUUCUCCCCUGCACUUGCCGCCGGCCUCCUCCCCAAUCUGCACUCCGGUUUUGCUUGCUGGAUUUAUGGUUCUUGAUCGUUCUGUCAGUUAGCACGUGAAUUGAGUGCUCGGUUUUAUGCAAGUGAGGUAAGUAAAUUUAUGGUAAUGCUCGUACUGUUUUAAAAGCAUGUUUUGAUUUGUUUUUGAAGUGGUGGCGGGACUAAACCCGUUUUACACGAGCAUGACUGAUUUGAAUUAUGAUUUUUCUGUUAACUUCUGCCUGUUUUGUCUCCGAUAUGGUCAUGUUAUUCGUGUGCCCGCUAGUGGGAGGUUUAUAAACGCUAGCACAUGUCGACAUGUUCGUGAUAGAACCGGUUCGCUCGUGGCCCUACUAGUGGGGAUUAUACACUAGUACUCGUGUGCCCGCCAGUGGGAGGUUUAUAAACGCUGGCCAUGACCUAUAGAGGAGACGUCUAUUUCGUGCCCAUAUUGUAUCCGUUUUUCGUGAUUGCACAUGUUGGCAUGCUAUAAGUUUAAAUAAGGGGCACUCCAUAUUUACUUACUGAGUUUACCUCAUAGUUUUCCUUGUCCACCAUUUCAGGAAAUGAAACCGAGGACGGGGAAACCACGGGAAGUGACGAGUUAGAGGCUAGCCAUAUUGUAAUUGAACAUAGAUUUUAUAAUUUGAUCUUCAGAUUUUGAUGGUAUCAGAGUAUGAUAUGAAUAAGUUCCGAGCCUUGUGCAUUUGUGGGACCCGUCUCACGAGUGCACGGCGUCUGUCGCGUCUUGAAAUUGGGUUUUGGGGCGUGACAACUACCAAAGCUGGCUUUACGUUUUUGUAGCCGGCUGUCCAAGAAAACAGAAUGUGCAGU